CCUAGGAAUCCCAAGAUGAAGCCUGUUGAGGGGAUGCGGCUUGUGUUUGGAGAGGACUACUAUAUGUGCAGAUUUCAGCUUCUUUGGAAUGUUCUUACUGAAGUGCUGAAGAAGAUCCUAAGUGAUAGGAAACCAAGUCCUCCGUACCUAGAUUUGAACUGGGAGCUUACUCGGGCAUGGACCGACACACCGGUGAUGGUGCCAGUCAAGUAUGUGGUGGGUAACGAGGACAUGUCUUACACUACGCCGGGGGUGAACGAGUACGUGCAUGGAGGUGGGUUCAAGAAGAAUGUGCCAUUGUUGGAGGAGAUCGUUGUGAUGGAAGGAGUGGGUCACUUUCUCAACCAGGAAAGGGCAGGGGAGAUCAAUGGUCAUAUCCACAACUUCAUCAGAAAGUUCUACUAG